AUGUCUUGCUACGACCUGUGCUCCACCUCUGCCUGCGGCGUCUACCGCCCUCAGCCCCUCGCUGACAGCUGCAACGAGCCAUGCGUCCGUCAGUGCCCUGACUCCACCACUGUGAUCCAGCCACCCCCGGUCGUCGUCACCUUCCCUGGCCCCAUCCUCAGCUCCUUCCCCCAGGAUUCAGUUGUGGGAUCUUCUGGAGCACCCGUCCUUGGGGGCUACGGGGGCUACGGGAGCUAUGGGUCCCUGGGCUAUGGGGGUCUGUAUGGCCAUGGGGGCUACGGCUCCCUGGGCUACGGGGGUCUGUAUGGCUAUGGAGGCUCUCUUGGUUACAGGGGUCUGUAUGGCUAUGGUAGACCCUAUGGUAGACCCGAUGGCUAGGGCUACCGCAGCCCCUACUCCUGGUACAACAGGUACAGCCUUGGCAGCUGCGGGCCCUGCUAA